AUGGAUCGCUUUAGUGUUGAAAAGAAGCUACUAGAGAUGCACGUCGCUAAUGCAAGGCACAGAUGGGACUCGGAUUGGACGUUGAGCUGGAUGCGAAGGUUGGAACUAGUCGACGUGAUUUUCAUUUCAAAACUGGCCGUACCACAUACAAGUCCGCACAAUGCAGGUAUAGCGGUUGCUGAUGACGGGUUUUUGCGUAAUGCCGGGACACUCGAACGUCUCGCACUGCUCAAGGAGCUCGGUGAUCUUGUGGCCACAACGGUGGUGGAUGAAGACCUUGCAGCCUGGAAGUGGACGACGGGCAAGGUUGAGCCGGGGGUUGAGGGGGGUUGCCAGGUUGGGGAUGUUUUGAGUCGCGGUGAAGGCUGGCCCAGCAAGUGUAACCGCGACGGAGACUGCCCUGGUCAAUUCACCACGGUGCCGGGGGUUGGUGGUGAUGGAGCUGGAGAGGAUCGUCGUUAA